UGAGUAAAAUCAAGCUGGUAACCAACCAUGACUGAAGGAGGAUUUGAUCCCUGUGAAUGUAUUUACUCUCAUGAACGCGCUAUGAGAAGACUCAUCAAUCUGCUCCGGCAGUCCCAGUCCUAUUGUACCAACACAGAAUGCCUUCGGGAAUUGCCAGGGCCCUCCGGUGACAGUGGCAUCAGCAUCACUGUGAUCUUGAUGGCCUGGAUGGUGAUCGCUGUGCUCCUCUUUCUACUGAGGCCUCCUAACCUGAGAGGCUUCAGCCUUCCUGGAAAGCCCUCCAGUCCUCACAGUGGACAGGUCCCGCCAGCCCCUCCUGUGGGCUAACAUCCUGGU